UGUGUUUUAUGUAUGUCGUAUUGGAAACAAUUUUAUGUGAAGCAUUUUGAAAUGGUUAACUAGUUGUUUAAAAAACAGUUAUAUUAUUUGUUGAAACAAGGAUACAAAUGAUGAUUUUAUUCUUCUUCUUCUUUAUCAUAUGUGUUAUACAUGAUUCAAACAGUCAAUCAAUGCUUUGUGGCAAUGAAUAUAAACCAGCUGUAGAAAUAUGCACAAUCAACACCUUGACGGGACACAAACUUGCCUACAUAACAACAACAGGAGUUCCAAUAUUUCAACAGACACUUUGUGAGUGUUCGAUAACUUCAAACACUUCAGACGUCGAUAUUUCAUUCUCUUUUGUUGAUGGUAUGGUUCCUCAAAGCUUAAACUUUAGAGUCAACGACAAUGAAAUAAAGUCAGGACAGAAACAUACAUUCACACCAGAGGAUGGAAUUCUAACGCUUUCUGUCCUCACAAAUGAUAAUUACACAUAUGAAGGAGCUUGCUUGAUGAUUUCGUCAGAUACUACUUUCAACGUUGCAUGCGAUCGUACAAAUUCAAGUGUUAAAACGGACGAAAAUAUCCGGAAUACAACUGGAAAAGAGGAAGAUAAUAUUAUUAUACCAGUUGUUGCUGCAUCUAUUUCUGCUUUCGUCUGCUUGGCAGUUGUAAUUCUUAUCGUAAUAAUAUGUAGAAGAAGAUCUACUAAAAGAAAUAAACAGCCAAAAAUAGCAAACCAAGGUGUCACAAAGAAAACUAAUGACGAUGGAGAUGACGAUUAUUACAUGACAGAAAAUCCAAUGUACCAAACAGCAGAUACCAAAACGAAUAUAGAUGAUUCAAAUAAUGAGUAUCAUUAUGCAGAAUCUGCUAAACAUAACAAGCAUAUAAAUACUGGCGAUUUAAAACGCUAUUCUGAUUCAAAAGUGGUCAUCGACAAAGGAAACCACCACGAUUAUACAACCUGCUCGUCAUCUGCCCAGAAAAGAAAUCCGGCUGUAAAAGCCAAAACAGUGGUCGAUACUCAAAAAAAUGAUAAUUCAGCAGUCAAUGAAAACACGUAUGAUACAACUAAUGCAGCUUCUGUUCAACCAUUCCAAGGAUUUAAUGAAUAUCAUCAGUUAGGUAACGCAGGACCAAUGAAAUUAGCGGUUGUUGAUGUAUACAAUACAAUUGGUAAUGCAAGCAAGUUUCCUGGUCAAGAAGACGAGGAAGGCGUUUCCCAUUAUCAUGUUACGAAUACACGAUAACGGUGACCUGUUUUGUUACAGUCUGACAUAUUUGUUUUUAAUUUAUUUGUAUAUUUAGUAAAGUUUAUUAAGA